AGUGCUUUCCACACGCGUCUGGCAUUUCGCGCUAACCUUUGUCCGCGUCUUCCAGGGAUCAGCUCUCCAUUCUGUUGAUUCCCCACCAUCACCAUCGUCAUCGCCAUCCACCACCGCACGCCGCCACAUCCGGCGACGAACAUCGCCGAGCUAGAAUGCUCACGACCGCCGGGCGGACAGCAUGUCCUUCCUGGACCCGUCUAAUGCGAGAACUCGAGGGUAAGAGCGUCAAACUCCGGCCUCCACUGCUCCACGAGCUGGAGCGCUGCAGAGCCGACGACCUUGACCCUACUCUCCGGAUGCGUCACUACACCAUCCUCGGAGUGCAGUCCACGUACCCAUACCACCUCAUUACCAUGCGCAAACGUUCGUUCGCAGAUGCCCUCGCUUCUGACCAGGCCCCUCCUGCUGGGAUAACGUACUGGGCGUUCGAUCGAGAGGAAAAGAGUUUGAAGAUUUCGCAUUCGACUAACCACACGGCACCCGCGGAUGUGUUCAAUCUACAUGUGGUAUACACGGCAUGGAAGGUGUCGACCGGCCAGCCAAUUCAAGUUCUCCUGUGGAUGCUGCCACGGUGGUCGUACCGGAUCCCCAGCGACUUUCCCUCCGAAUCGGCGACCACGCUCGAGUUCCGCUGCGGGCCGCAGAGCGUGCAGCUGGAGCCGCUGCUCCCGCUCGGUGGUGGGGUCCACGUCUGCUUCGGCGAUGUCACCGACACGGACGGCUCGACGAUCAAGAUCCUGCACGAAGGGAAACUGUACCUCUACGAGCCGGCGGCCGGCGUGCUCCCCGCAAUCCCGAACACUGCCGCCUGGACCACGCUCCAGCUCGGCCAUGACAUGACGGUCUUCCACGACCACACCGACGAGUCGUCGGCGCCGAUCUCCAGUCCGCGAGUGCGCACGCUGUCGCUCGCCGCGCUGGCCACACAGUUCCUAAGCUCGUGUUCCAAGGUGCCGCAACUAGCUAACCGCACGCCGGACUUCACGCACAUCCUGAACACGCUCCUGCCGACUAAACGGGUGCGCAGGACCAAGCCGGGCGCUAUAUCGGCGCACUCCAAGACCGUCGUCGCGUUCGGCGGCGCCGAGCGGAUCACGGGGAUGUUUCACCUGCUGGUGUUCUCGCUGUCGCUGCCGUCGCCGGAGAGCCACCCGCGCGUCAAAGUGAUCGCUGCCAAAGCCUUCCAAAUGCGCCCCAUGGAGGGAAAGGACUCUAGCUACUUCUCGCACGAGGCCGCAACAGCUACGUUCGAGAUGGCCCUCCAGAAAUGCGGCAUCAAGAGCAGCUCCUCUGGCACUCGUAAACAUGACUGCGAGAGGGAGUGUGUCGGCACUGAAGAGGUCAACGUCAGGAAGAUGUUCGAGUUUGGCGCGCAAGGGUUAAAUGAGAUUGCCUGCCCAGAACUGGGCAUCGUGUUGGUCGGCUGGGCGAAGCAGGAUGAGCUUGAGCAAAACGGAGAAAACGACGAUGAGAUCGCGAAUGAGACUGCUACGGACGAUUGAUUCGCUGUUCCUGCUCGCUGUAGAGACUCCGGCGUGAUCCGUGUACGGGCGACCAGGCCGCUGUUCUCGUGCCGUGCUCGUGCAUUCAGGUACGAAGGAAGAUGCACUGUUAGUGUCGCCGAAGCUCCGGACAUUCGCGGCUCUGUCUUCGGUGCCGUAGUCGUAGUUGUAGCCUCCAGUCCAAUCCAUAGACUAGAUAGUUUCCAUCUCUCUCGCACAGGCACCAUCCAUCCACAGCACU